CUCCGCUCAUAGCCACUAAAAUACAAAACACCACCACCGUCCGUUUACAGUCUCUCUAGAAGCAGCCGGCGGACAACACCAUUUUACAAACGUUAUUGUUUGUUCCGACCCUCUAUGUUUCUUCCGAGACUGAUUGAGAUCACGUCGCAUUUAACGGGAAAAAUAUUAUUUUGUUUGAAUUUUAAGGAUAACUGUCAACACCUGCCUUUGUUAGCAAGUUAGCCUCGCGUGGCUCCUCAUCCUUAAUUCUCUCUCUCUGUUAUAUUCUGGUUUGUUUUAUUUUCUUUGACCAUUUAUUCAGUCAAACAGCAGUUGUAGCUACACCCGUGCUAACGGAGCAGCUCUUUGUUCGUGCUUCGGAAAACACACCAGCACCGCCUUGCAGUGAGGAUGAGGAUGAUGAUGAUGGUGAUGAAGAGGAGACAGAGCUGAGAGCUGAGUGUGUGUGGUUGUGUUGCGUUCACACUGGGAGCAGGAAGAACCCCCCUCCCCCACACACACUGCAUCCAUGUUCUCCCCCGACCAGGAAAACAUCUCCACGUCGUCAACCAAAGUGCCAGUCAAAUAUGGAGAGCUCAUUGUGCUUGGGUAUAAUGGCUCUCUACCCAACGGGGACCGCGGCAGAAGGAAGAGCAGGUUUGCACUCUCCAAAAGACCAAAAUCCAAUGGCGUCAAACCCAGCACUGUACACGUAGCCUGCACUCCACAGGCUGCCAAGGCCAUAAGUAACAAGGAUCAGCACAGUAUUUCCUACACGUUGUCCCGUGUACAGACAGUGGUGGUGGAGUACACUCAAGAUAGCAAUACAGACAUGUUUCAGAUUGGCCGCUCAACCGAGAGUCCUAUAGAUUUUGUGGUGACUGACACGGUUCCCGGGAGUCAGAGCAACUCUGAUACUCAGUCCGUUCAGAGCACCAUAUCUCGCUUCGCAUGCCGGAUCAUGUGUCAGCGAACACCCCCUUAUACCGCCCGCAUCUAUGCCGCCGGAUUCGACUCCUCCAAGAACAUCUUCCUAGGGGAGAAAGCCGCAAAGUGGAAGACAUCGGAUGGCCAGAUGGACGGUCUGACUACUAACGGCGUGUUGGUAAUGCAUCCUCGCCUUGGUUUCACAGAGGAUUCCAAACCUGGUGUGUGGAGAGAGAUUUCAGUGUGCGGAAACGUGUUCACCCUGAGAGAGACACGGUCUGCUCAGCAGCGAGGGAAAAUGGUGGAGAAUGAGACUCAAGAGUUAGUGGAUGGCUCUCUGAUCGAUCUCUGUGGAGCGACUCUCUUGUGGCGUACUGCAGAAGGGCUUUCCCGCACUCCCACCGUCAAACACUUGGAGGCGCUCCGGCAAGAGCUGAACGCCGCUCGUCCCCAGUGUCCCGUGGGUUUCAACACCCUCGCUUUCCCCAGCAUGCGGCGGAAGGACAUCGUGGAUGAGAAGCAACCCUGGGUCUACCUAAACUGCGGUCACGUUCACGGCUACCACAACUGGGGCAACCGUGACGCAGAGCGAGACGGCAGGGAGGGCCGUGAGCGGGAAUGUCCCAUGUGCCGAGCUCGUGGGCCGUAUGUGCCACUGUGGCUGGGCUGCGAGGCAGGGUUUUAUCUGGAUGCAGCCCCUCCUACUCACGCAUUCAGUCCGUGCGGUCACGUGUGCUCAGAAAAAACAGCAGCUUAUUGGAGUCAAAUCCCUCUUCCUCACGGAACGCACACCUUCCACGCAGCCUGUCCUUUCUGCGCCCAGCAGCUCAGUGGCGAGCAGGGAUUCAUCAGACUGAUCUUCCAGGGGCCUGUGGAUUAAACACACCUGCCCAUUUGACAAACAUUAGUCAGGCAUUUCUGUUUUUACCUAGAAUUUGAUUUUAUAAAGAUGACAUUUUCUGCACUCUCAGACUGUUCCUCCCUUUCUGGUUUGUAAGUGACCUUUAUAAUGAUUUUCAAAUACCGAUAAGAAACAAAAGUAUAUAUUUUCAAAUAAAAUUAUUAUAAAAGCGAAAAAAAAAAACAAAAAAAAAACAUUAGACCUCUGCAGAAGAGAAGAGCACAUGCACACCCAGAUUUGAGCAUUCUGAUUGGGUGGCUCUGCGAUUCAUUUGAAGCAGUGGGCGUGGCCGUUACAGAUGGUGACCUGUACAGUGUUUAUUUACUACUUAACAGUAAUACUCAGCAUUAGAGGGGCAAUACACCAUCCAUGUAUGUUUAUGAUGAGCUUACAGACGAGUCUAUCUGUACUCUAUACAAUAUUUCACAGCAUUUCAUAAACCGUAAACCGUUUUCCAUAUAUGUCUAUAACUUAAAAAAUACGUAAUGUUUUUUUAUUUAUACACUAUCAAUGUUUAUCAAAGAUAAAAUGUAUAGGUGUGUUUUUGGGAAGUUAAGUUCUAUGUAGCUGUUUUUUGUUUUCUCUUUAUUGUGAGUCUCUUCCAUUUGUAGGCUUCACUAUAGCAUUCAGAUUUUUCCUCUCGUUCUCAUAUAUGUAGGUAACAUGAUUGUGUGAGUGAAAUCUCUGCAAUCGUGGACCAAUGAGGUCAUGCUCAGAGAAAUGUUCUUGCUGAACUCCAGAAAGCUCAAGAGGCCUAAGAAUCUUCACCUCCCUUUAAGCACAGGCAAAAACCACAUGCCCUGACAAUGAGUGGUCACAAAAUUGUGUGUGCUUAAGUGUCCUUGUAAGGUCCCUGUUUUCUGUUUGAGUCUUUUCUAUGUAGAUGACUACCCUUGUUUGGAUAUUUUGGGGACGCUGGGAAGUAAUUUCCAUCUGUAUAGUGCAAAAAGCAGCACUAACCUCUGGAAAACCCUUUACCUCUUUUAUAGGUCAGUUUUAGUCUAUCUUAAUUUGCAAAUUGAGAUGUGAUUCGUUUUGUACCUAACAGCUACUGGGACUUUGAUUGCAGUAGAAAGGGUCAUUUUCUCCAUGUUAAGUUUAAAACCAAUAUUAAACAAUAUUUUCAAAAUACAUGACACUCCCGUGAGCAAGAAACUAAAUAGUUAAUACUUACAAUGCCAUUCAAAGUUUGGGGCCAGUAAGACAUUUUUAUUUUUUUCUCAGUACUUUUAUUCAGCAAUGAUGUUUAAUUGUUCAAAAGUGACAGGAAAGAAAUUUGUUACAACAGAUUUCGAUUUCAAAUACAUGCUAUUAUCCUUAACCCUAACCCUUUCUAUUUAAAAAAAAAAAAAAAAAAAAA